GUGGCAUGUUAAUAGUUUAAUGUUUAUUUAACGCUGAUUUUGUGAUGUGAAAUUACUCUGUUGGAAUGUAACGUGUAUAGACUGCAUUACCCAUAAUGCCUCUGGCUAGACUAGCCCCCAACUGUAAACUUUGCCGUGAAACUCAAAUCACAGGCGGGAGCGGGCUGAGUUAGACGGUUAGUGACGUGAAGCUCCAGCGUUUUGAGUUUUAGUCGGAAUUAAUUGUUUUAAAAUCCUUUUUUAAACAGCAGACCUUUUUCUGCGUCACUUAAGCAAGACGUAAAUCAGUUUUGCGGUCGAAAAGAAGGCAGAAUAACGAAACAACGGUAUCGCAGAGACGGGAAGUGAUUCAACAGUUUAAAGAUGAUCAUGAAGGGGCAGAAGCGUAAACUCUCACCAGAGGACAUGGAGGUUUCAGACAGGAGCAGCCCCACCUGGGAGACCCAGCGGCAGUUUGUGUUCUCAGUUUCCUUGAGCAAGUACCAGCGUGGCCAGGAGCUACCUGAACCCAGUCUACGGCGGUCUGUUCUGAUAGCUAACACACUGCGACAGAUCAACUACGAGUCUUGCAGGGCACCGUCUGUAGACAGGGAAGCCUCACAUUCUCCUUGUAGCUCUUCAUCUGUGCUCCAGGCAAAAGAGCGGGAUAAUAUUUUCACCGGAGUUACUGCAUCAAAACAUCACUCUGCAGUAACAGUUGCUAAUAUCCAAUCGGCUCUUGGAGGCAGUUCACAGGUUUUGUCAACUUCUCCUGUUAGUAGGUCUCCAGCAAGCUGCCAUACCAGUGUUUCAGAUGUUGUUCUUGGUGUAGAAGAUGAAGACUGGGGAUUGAUGUCCACCGAUCCUGAUUUCUCGCUUUCAGCUGCCAUUUCCUCCAUUCUGACUGCACUGGAUUCUACCAUUGAUGGGAGCCCUCAGGCAGUUCCACGGACACCUCUUAGGUCCUUGGAGAACCUGGUGGAGCCCUCUGAGGGGGGUGUGGUAUACAUACAACAGGAAGUCAUGGGUUUCGGGGGCAGCUGGGAGCAGAAGGAUGCAUGCAGGACACGGGAGAGCAGCAUGGAAGUGAUGAGGUCCAGCUUCCUCAGUGAUCUUGCUGUGGAUGAACUCUUCCAGGAUAUAGACAUGUCCCUGCUGGAGAGGGACAUGGGAGUGCUCGGGCUUAGAGGCAGCGCAGGUGGAUACCCAGCUGGGGAUAACCUCCUUCGCUACCUGCCACCUGUAUUUCCCUCCUCUUCCUCCUCAUACCCCUUCUCCAUCUCUCUCAAUCAGAAUUUGAAGUGCCUCCCUUCUUUCUCCUCAUUCAGCCCGUUGUCAUCCUCAGUGUCUUCUUCACCUCCCCUCUCUUUGCCACCAUCCUCCCCCAUCUCUGGUCAGACUCAUGUGAGAGAAGGACUUGAGCUGGAGCACCUGAUGGAGAUCCUGGUGGAGUCCUGAAAACCUCCUCGUCAUCGCACUGUAAGAGGACCACUUCAGGAAGAAGUAACCUGAAGACAAAUCACUAAGUGGACAAAGAAAUUGAAUUGUUAAGGCAAAGGGCUGGACUGUCAAAAAAGUUGAAUAUUCACCAUGUUGUUUUUUUUUUUAUAUUGCUCAAAAAUGUUAUUAUUAUGGGUUUUAGUAAGUAGAAAGAAUGUUCUAAAAAUGUAGAACUGGUUGAUGUCUAAGACAGAAUGCUACAGAAUGCUUGUUAGUCCACGUGUGGGCUAACAAGAGGAAUAGCUGUGUUUCUGGCAAAAACUAAGUCAGACUGUGAACUGUGUAGGUAGUAAGCCAGAGAAGGCUCUUUUUACUAACCGAGUCAGUGCAUAAUGAGCUGCUGAAAAGCAUUUUGUUAACAGUUUUUAGUGUGACUCAGCUAAUUGGAACUAACAAAAAGAAGUACCUGAGCAGAGAUCAGGCCUUAUUUAGCAAUCGAGAAGUUGCCCAACACUUUGUGAAAUGUAUCACAGCUUGAAGUAACCCUGCACUCACGUUGAACAUCUCGAUUAUCUGGAGUAGGAAAAAGCAGAAGGUGAACUGAACAUUUGGCAACACAUGGGUCAAAUCUAUAAGACAAGUGUUAAAUUUGUGAAUUCUGGGAAAUUGUGACUAGGAAGGAGAGCAACUCAAACACUAAAUUUACAGGUUGGAUCUUCCAUGAAGAAAUUCUUUAAUACUGUAUUUUUCAGUGAGGAGGGGCACGAUGUCAGUUGCCGACAGAUCAGGUCAGGGUUUCAAGCAGUAGGAGCACCCAGGAAAAGUCGAGUCAAGAAUCUUUGUCAUUAUGCAUAGCACAGUGAAAUGUCUUCCAGCAGCUUUCACCUUAAGACACAUUAACAACAGUAUAUUAGCAGCAGAAUAAUAUAGUCACAUUCUAAAGUGCAGCUCAGUGCAAAUGUGCUUUU